AUGCUUGUAGUUGUCGACCCAAAAAUACUCUUCCACUACUACAUCAUCACUUCUUCACUUAGUGCUACUGUCAUGGCUCUCACUUACAAUCCCGAUUUGGUCACUCAAACAGUCUAUGAUCCUUUCAAAUCUCGAUAUCAAGUAACUACGAUAUCAUAUCUGGGCUUUUCGCUGUUCUUUGCCAUUCCUUCUGUUUCAUUGGAUGAAGACAAUUAUUACACUGUCGCAGACUUUAGCGCCUACACUAAUUAUCUUGUCAGCUUCUACUCAAAGUACAGGACACAAUAG